UACACUAACCCCACCCCCACCCCCAACCCCAAAACGAAGAUAGAAUGUGCAAGACAGAAAAACACCAAGAAAUAGAAAAGGGAGGCCAACAGGUAUUUCUUGGUUGCAGAUACAGCGCGGUGUGUAUGUAUAUAAAGAGAGAGAAAGAGGGAGGAGAAAGAGAGAGAAAAUGAAAGGUUUAUCAAAGCCAAUAUCAAGUCCAAGCAGGGCAGAGAAAUUUCCGCCGCCAUUGAUGAGAUUCUUGAGGAGCAAUGCGGGAAGCAGAAGCAGAGGCAGAGGCAGGUCACGUUUGAGUCCAAUGUUUCGCAUGCGUAACAAAAAGGAUGCUGCGCCAGUUGUUGAACCAUCCUCUCCAAAAGUUACUUGCUUUGGUCAAGUCCAAGUGAGGACUUCUUCCUCCAAAACAAACUCCUCACGACCCCCCAUAAAUGGUUCCUCCGCCGCUGUAUACCGUCCCUGCCGGUGGUUUAGGAAAACUCUGUUUUUCCAUAAAAUAAUUUCAUCGAAGUUUCAAAGACCAAGGCCUUCUUGCGGAGGGGGUUUGUGUUUUGGCUCAGGGUUUUGCAGGAAAGCUAACGCAACAGAGAAUUCUUUCAGGGUUGAUUCGAACCAAGGAACCCGAAGGAACGAAACCCAUAAAAUUGACAGGAAUUUUGGCAAGGUUGAAGCUCGAAUUCAAGAAAAUAUAGAGAAUAUUCUUGAUUCUUCACCACCAAGAAAUGCUUUACUAUUAACUAGGUGCCGUUCUGCACCUUAUAGAUCUUCAUCAUUAGCAGGCCAGUUCUGGGGUUCUCCAUUAGCCUCAACAGAAACUAAGCAUGACACAGAAAUUGAAGCAAAACCAGAGCAUGAAUUUCCAGAAUUACAGAAGCCCAGCUGUGAAAAUGUGAGGCCGGAUUCAAGAAGAAAUCAAGAAUCUGAAAAUUCAGUGAAUAAUGUUCCAGGUUCAAACGAAAAUGCCGGAGGUGCAGUGCAUCCUUUACUACUAACGAGGUGUAAAUCAGAACCGGCAAGAACAGGAGAAAUGCUUAAUCCGGAUAUUAAUUUCUUUCUGGAGGCGAAGAAGGUUAGGUAUAGUUAUCCCUGUUCAUAACAUAAUUCAAUAGAAAUUGAGAUCUUCAAUUAGCAGAACGUGUCGAGUCUGUUUCUGUUUUCUGAAGUUAUAUAAACAAACAUUGUGCGAUACUGAGAUUAAUCUUUUUGCUUGUCUUCCCUGAAUUGAAAAUUGGAAGUUUCUAAUUCUA